UAAUGAAGUUCAUAAGACAAUUGUUGAUAUGUGAUAAGUUAAGCCUAAUAUUUCAAUCGAUUUAAUCAGUUUUGUAUAUAAGUGAAACGUAUUCGAUUACAAGAUUAUAGAAAGUGAUUGCUGUUAAUCAUUGUUAUUUGUUUGAAAACAAUGGAAUCGUCAAAAAAACUUGUCAUGGACGAGUUAAAAACCUAUUUCCCUGACUUACCAAAUGGACCUCUGGAUAAUUAUAGAAAAAAAGCAACAUUUAAUUGGCGUGUUAUGAAACUUGUUUAUGAUAAUAUGACAACAAUUAAACUUAAACAUGAUAUGUGGAGAUUUAUGGAGAAUAAUCCAUUAUUUCAACAUUCUGAUACAUCACUUUCCCUUGAUGAAGAAAGACGUAUAGCAGUAAAACGCAUGUAUGCCAUAUUUAAUGAGAAUUUUUUACCCUCUGAAUUGCUUGUAGAAGAACCAAAAUCAUUCCAAGCAUGGUCGGAAGCUUUAUUUAUGUUUAAUAGUUCACUUGCAGUGAAAAUUUCUCUGACAUUCCGUAUGUUCUCAAACACAAUUCAAGGCAGUGGAGGGCCCCAUUUGUAUGAUUUUAUAGAAGCCUCUGAAAAGGGAGAGAUUGGUGGAUGCUUUGCCCUCACUGAAGUAUCCCACGGCUCCAAUGCAAAGGGCAUGAGAACAACUGCAACUUAUUGCCCUAAAAAAAAGCAAUUUGUGAUACAUUCCGCUGAUUUUGAAGCUGCUAAGUUUUGGGUUGGAUCCUUGGGAAAAUGCGCAACACAUGCAAUUGUCUACGCGAUGCUUAUAUCGAAAGGGAAAAAUCAUGGCUUGCACGCAUUCGUCGUACCUAUUAGAGAUCCGAAGACCCUGAAACCGUUCCCGGGAGUAACGAUAGGGGAUAUCGGAGAGAAGAUUGGAUUGAAUGGUGUUGACAAUGGAUUUGUCAUGUUCGACAAUUAUCACAUACCGAAGGAGUAUGCACUGGACAAGUUGGGGGGAGUCGAUGAUAAUGGGGACUAUAAGACGCCUUUCAGAGAUCCCAGUAAGAGAUUUGGGGCAUCUUUGGGAAUAUUAUCAGGUGGACGAGUGCAUAUAACAUCGAUAUCGACAAACUAUCUUCAGAAAGCAAUAGUCAUAGCGAUCAGGUAUUCUGCCGUGAGGAAACAGUUCGGGCCGCAAGAUGCCGCUGAGGAGACACCCGUGCUCGAGUAUCAACAACAGCAAGUCCGCCUGUUGCCGUAUCUGGCGACGACGUUCGCGUUCCGCAUAUUCUGCACGUGGUUCGGCGACCUGCACGUCAGAAUCACCAUCGACAGCUUACUCGGGCGCGCGGGCGCGGCGGCGCGCGGCGUGGAGCUGCACGCGCUGUCGGCGAGCGCCAAGCCGCUGUGCGCGUGGGCGGCGCGCGACGCCAUACAGGCGUGCCGGGAGGCCGCCGGCGGGCACGGGUACCUGCGAGCCGCCGGUUUGGGCGACUUACGAAACGACAAUGACGCAAAUUGCACCUACGAGGGCGAGAACAGCCUGCUCUUGCAGCAGAGUAGCAACUGGCUGCUGACCAUGUGGCCCAAGAGGCGAGAAAUCAAAGAUGAAGAUACGCCUUUGGGGUCAUUGAAGUUCCUGGAAAAUGCUGACGAGUAUCUGACGACCACUUGUCCCUGGACGACUGUUGAUGAACUCAUAGAUCCGUGCAAUCUAAUACAAAUGUACAAAUGGCUGACCGCAUACGUCCUGAAGAUGACGUACGAAAAAGUUUCGAAGCUGAAGAGCGAAGGCAAAGACAAUUUGCAAGCGAAGAACGAGUCACAAUCAUACAACGCUGUCUCAUUGUCCGUCAUAUAUGGAGAAAACUACAUCCUGAAUCACUUCUAUAAAACUGCGAAAGCUUUCGAAGACGCCGCCUGUAGAGAAGUUUUAUUACAAAUGGUUUCAUUGUAUGGCGCAUUCCUUCUAGAAAAACAUAUGGCGACUCUGUACAUUGGCGGGUACCUGCGCGCGCAGGCGGGCGCGGCGCUGCGCGAGGGCGUGCUGCGCGCGUGCGCCGCGCUGCGUCCGCACGCGCCCGCGCUCGCCGACACGCUGGCGCCGCCCGACUUCUGCCUCAACUCCGUGCUGGGCAUGGCGGACGGACAGGUGUACAAACACAUCCAGAACAAGGUGAUGACGUCACCGGGGUCGAUGACCCGGCCGGCGUGGUGGCGCGACGUGGUGCAGUGGCGCGCGCGCCUGCCCAGUAAGCUGUAGUGCGCCUGCGCCCGCCGC